GCGGGGCGGUCGAACUACAAGCCAUUUUGGGAACGGUGUCAGUUUCCACUGAGCCACACUGCUGCAUUUUUCGAAGAGACUCAUUGGGAACACAAACACACCGUUCGGAACGCACAGCCAAAAGUCAGAAAUAUUAGACAACAGAGGACACUACGCGCCCAAAGUGCAUAGAAGGAGAACAAUACGAAUUUUACGCAUCUGAAAUGAGCCCCGGGUUGCCUGGCGCUCUCUGCAAUUGACAGCGUCUGCAGCUUGUUUCAAGAUGGCGGCUGAGCUCGUAUUCAUUUUCUGCUGAUCGCCUCCUAACUUUCAUUGUCUCUCCGUCUCCAAUAUCGCAGAUCGCCAGCCGAGUCUCUAGGGAUCUUCCUUCCAUGACGAUGCAUCGAACAACCAGAAUUAAGAUAACUGAGCUGAACCCCCACCUCAUGUGUGUGCUGUGUGGUGGAUACUUCAUCGAUGCCACAACCAUUAUAGAAUGUCUCCAUUCAUUCUGCAAGAUGUGCAUUGUGCGCUAUCUGGAGACCAGCAAGUAUUGCCCCAUCUGUGACGUGCCAGUACACAAAACCAAGCCUCUGCUCAAUAUAAGGUCUGACAAAACCCUACAAGACAUUGUCUACAAGCUGGUCCCUGGUCUCUUCAAAAAUGAGAUGAAGAGGAGGAGAGACUUUUACGCCGAUCACCCUUCUGUAGAUGCUACGACAAGGUCUAAUGAGGAUCGAGGGGAGGUGGCGGACGAGGACAAGAGAAUCAUCACAGACGAUGAGAUCAUCAGCCUCUCCAUUGAGUUCUUCGAUCACAACAAGGCCGAACAGACCAGCGUGACUGAGGACCAACUGACUAAAGAACAGGUGAACAAUAAGAGGUAUCUGCAGUGUCCAGCAGCCAUGACCAUCAUGCACCUGAGGAAGUUCCUCCGCAGUAAGAUGGACAUCCCCUGUACCUAUCAGGUUGAAGUGAUGUAUGAAGACGAGCCACUGAAAGAUUACUACACAUUAAUGGACAUAGCCUACAUCUACACCUGGAGAAGGAAUGGCCCUUUGCCGUUGAAGUACCGCGUCAGACCUAGCUGUAAGAAGAUGAAGAUGAGUCAUCUGCAGCAGGAGGGCCAGAACAGCACUGGUCGGUCCACUGAGAGCGACUCAGCCAGCGACAAAGCCUGCAGCCCUGCCGCUGUCCCCUCCACCUCCUCAUCCUUGCCCAGCCCUGGCACCCCGGUGCAGUCCCCACACCCACACUUCCCCCACAUCUCCAAGCCCGUCAAUGGAGCCUCCACCUCGGCCCCAGCCCCUACCAGACCCGUCCCCUUUGGGAAAAAAACACGGAAGGCCUCGCUGAAUGGUUCUUCUGCAUCCUCGGGAUGACCGGCCUGAAAUCCAGGCCGACAGCCAACGCCAGACCGCUCAGCUAAUAUCUUCAUGCCAAUGUAGUUCCAUUGUUGUAGACGCUCUCUUUUUGUUGUUGUUGUUAUAAAUAUAUGAUAUCUGUUUAAGUAGUGGAAGUGAAGCAUUUCAAUAGGAACAUAGCAGGGAUGUGACAUUAAGUUGGUGAAAGGGAUGUUUGUGAUAGAUGAAUGGUCGAAAAUGAAAGCCCCCAAAAAGCUGCGUUUUAUUUUACAGAUGUGACUGAAGAUGGCCUUUAUAUUAUUUCCUUUGUUUUAAUUAUUUUUUUCCAUAUCAGAAUAUACAUGUGUUGACUCUUGUUAGUGUGUAUUUCAGCCUAUUGUUGUCAGAUAAAGCAUGGUAGAAACCUAUAGUCUUUACUAAUAUUUGAAACUUUGCAUCUAUUGUUCUUUCGAUUUGGCUUUUGGAAAGCGUUUCACAGAGCAAUAUAAUAAUCAAUAUAUUAUGUGGAAUCAACUAUUGUAGUAUUUGGCCCACGAUUUUAUGAGAAAACAUAUGAAAGAUCUGCGUAAAUGUACAGAGCUUUUAUUAGGCUGUAGGCUACUCGGGAAAAAAACAUUUUUUAGCUGCUGUGGAAUCGAAUUGCUUAUAGCCUCGACAUCCCUGAACCCUUGAAGCAACCAAGCAGUUCAGAAAGUCCACACACACACCCAUGUAUAUAGCGAAAUAUAUGCAUAUUUAAUCAGUAAUUAUGUCAAAUACUGUCCUGAACCCCCCCCCCCCACACACACACACACCUUAAUUUCAUGCUAGAUGACAAAUGUUUUUUGAUGUCUCCCAUGUUCUGCGUAUUUGUAUCUCUCGAUUGUAUGGACAACUAUUGUAUUGUUACUGUUGCACAGUAUAACAUCUAAAUAAAACAUUUUACACUUAAA